AUGGCGGAGAAACGCGCGCAUCACAAUGCCCUGGAGAGGAAACGUCGUGAUCAUAUAAAGGACAGCUUCAGCAGUCUUCGUGAAUCUGUGCCAGCGUUACAGGGUGAAAAAGUAGCUAGCAGAGCUCUCAUUCUUAAAAAAGCUGCGGAUUAUAUACAGUUUAUGAGGAGGAAGAACUCUGCUCAUCAACAAGAUAUCGACGACUUAAAAAGACAGAAUUCGUUGUUGGAAGCUCAGAUUCGCACGCUUGAAAAAGCUAAAGCUACGGGCAACUUCGCAGCCGAAUCAAGUGAAGUUUCCCUUGUGAACUGUAAGUCUGAAACUGUAAAUAAUUACACACAAGAAUCUGAAUCUGAUUCUUCAGACUCGGAUACAGCCAACACUACCAGGAGGUCAAAGAAACCAAAAGUGACGGGCGCUGGAUUGUAA